UCGAAACCACCGCCCCCCUCGUCUGCCUCGAUUGGUCUCGUCCACACUCGCUUAGAAUUUUAGUUGUGUGUUUAUGGCAUCGUAUUCAUUCAACGGACGGUGAAAGUCUGCCGGUCUGCGCCAGCGUCUGAUAUCAAUGGCUUUCAGGGCUCGUUUUAUUUGAAUCCCAGGACUUUUUAUCAUUUCACCUUUAAGAAACCAAUGAUGGAUAUCCUAUGGAUUUUAUGGACUCUACCGUCGGUCCUGGCUGUUGAAGAAAUGUUGAUGGACUCCACCACAGCAACCGCAGAGCUGGGCUGGACAGUAUAUCCUGUUUCGGGGACAAGUGACAGCAGUUGGGAAGAAGUGAGUGGCUACGAUGAAAACAUGAACACUAUUCGCACCUAUCAGGUGUGUAACGUAUUCGACGCCAACCAAAACAACUGGGUGCGCACCAAGUACAUCCGGCGAAGGGGGGCGCAGCGCAUUCACGUGGAGAUGAAAUUUUCAGUGCGUGAUUGUAGCAGCAUCCCAAGGGUGCCGGGUUCAUGCAAAGAAACUUUCAACCUCUAUUACUACGAAUCGGAUGCUGACGCGGCCACCAAAGUCUUCCCUCCUUGGAUGGAAAACCCUUGGAUAAAGGUGGACACCAUUGCGGCCGACGAGAGCUUUUCGCAAGUGGACCUGGGCGGACGGGUGAUGAAGAUUAACACAGAGGUUCGCAGUUUUGGCCCUGUCUCACGCAACGGUUUCUACCUAGCUUUCCAGGACUACGGCGGGUGCAUGUCGCUGAUCGCCGUGCGAGUGUUCUACCGGAAGUGCCCUCGCACGAUACGGAACGGAGCGAUAUUUCAGGAGACUCUCUCGGGGGCGGAGAGCACCUCACUGGUGGCAGCGAGAGGAGUGUGCAUCCCUAACGCAGAGGAGGUUGAUGUUCCCAUUAAACUGUACUGUAAUGGAGAUGGAGAGUGGAUGGUUCCUAUUGGCCGCUGUAUGUGUAAAGCUGGUCACGAGGCUGUGGACAAUGGGACUGUUUGCAGAGCAUGCCCCUCGGGUUUCUUCAAGACGGCUCAAGGUGAUGAGAAAUGCCUGCAGUGUCCAAUCAACAGUCGCACCACCAACGAUGGAGCUACCACCUGCGUCUGCAGAAACGGAUAUUACCGCACGGAUUCAGACCCCUUGGAGAUGCCCUGCACAACUGUGCCGUCGGCCCCUCAAAACGUAAUCUCCAGCGUCAACGAGACAUCGCUGAUGCUGGAAUGGAGUUCUCCACGGGAGACCGGCGGUCGCGACGACGUGGUCUACAACAUCAUCUGCAAGAGCUGCGGAGGAGGCAGGGGGGGCUGCACGCGCUGCGGGGACAACGUUCAGUUUGUCCCACGGCAGCUGGGACUCACAGAGACCCGGGUCUUUAUAAGCGACCUACUGGCCCACACGCAGUACACCUUUGAGGUCCAGGCCGUCAAUGGAGUAUCAGAUCAGAGCCCUUAUUCACCGCAAUAUGCAUCCGUUAACAUCACAACUAAUCAGGCUGCUCCUUCUGCGGUAUCUAUAAUGCACCAGGUCAGUCGUACAGUCGACAGCAUCACUCUUUCCUGGUCGCAGCCGGACCAGCCGAAUGGAGUCAUACUCGACUAUGAACUGCAGUAUUAUGAAAAGGACCAGACGGAACAUAACUCAUCCGUAAUAAAGAGUCAAACUAACACCGCAGUCAUCCGCGGCCUCAAACCCGGAGGUAUCUACGUGUUUCAGGUCCGAGCGCGGACGGUGGCAGGGUUCGGACGAUACAGCGGCAAGAUGUACUUUCAGACCAUGACAGAAGAAGAGUACAACACUAGCAUUCAAGAGAAACUGCCUCUCAUCAUUGGCUCAGCGGCUGCUGGUUUGGUUUUCCUCAUUGCAGUGGUGGUCAUCAUCAUUGUCUGUAACCGACGUGGGUUCGAGAGAGCGGAUUCAGAAUACACAGACAAGUUGCAACACUACACCAGUGGCCACAUGUCACCAGGAAUGAAGAUCUACAUUGACCCGUUUACCUAUGAAGACCCCAAUGAAGCCGUGAGAGAGUUUGCAAAGGAGAUCGACAUCUCCUGUGUGAAGAUCGAGCAAGUCAUCGGAGCAGGUAAAACCACUGUAUAUUCAUCUUGUGUGCCUUUCACUCUUGACCCAAACAACAAUACAACGCUCUCAACCACAGGGGAAUUUGGAGAGGUGUGCAGUGGAAACCUAAAGCUCCCAGGAAAAAGAGAGAUGUUCGUAGCCAUCAAAACGCUGAAGUCAGGUUACACAGAGAAGCAGAGGCGGGACUUCCUGAGCGAGGCGAGCAUCAUGGGGCAGUUCGAUCACCCUAAUGUCAUCCAUCUGGAGGGAGUGGUGACUAAGAGCUGCCCUGUCAUGAUCGUCACAGAGUUUAUGGAGAACGGCUCAUUGGACUCAUUCCUCAGGCAAAAUGAUGGUCAGUUCACUGUGAUUCAGCUGGUGGGCAUGUUGCGUGGAAUCGCCUCUGGGAUGAAAUAUCUGGCAGACAUGAAUUAUGUGCACCGGGACCUUGCUGCCCGCAACAUCUUAGUUAACAGUAACCUUGUGUGCAAGGUGUCUGAUUUCGGCCUCUCGCGCUUCUUGGAGGACGACACAUCUGACCCCACAUACACCAGUGCACUGGGGGGCAAGAUCCCUAUUCGAUGGACUGCCCCAGAGGCCAUCCAGUACAGGAAGUUUACCUCUGCCAGUGACGUAUGGAGCUAUGGAAUUGUCAUGUGGGAAGUGAUGUCAUAUGGAGAGCGACCGUACUGGGACAUGACCAAUCAAGACGUCAUUAAUGCCAUCGAGCAAGACUACAGGCUGCCCCCUCCCAUGGACUGCCCCAGCGCCCUUCACCAGCUCAUGCUGGACUGCUGGCAGAAGGACCGGAACAACCGGCCCAAGUUCAGCCAGAUUGUCAACAACCUGGACAAGAUGAUCCGUAACCCCAACAGCCUGAAGGCCAUGACUCCUUUGUCAUCAGGUGUGCACUUGCCCUUGCUUGACCGCAGCGUGCCCGACUUUUCCAGCUUUAGUGCUGUUGAUGACUGGCUUGAUGCUAUUAAGAUGGGCCAAUACAAAGAAAACUUCGCCAACGGCAACUUCACCAGCUUUGACCUUGUUUCCCAGAUGACUAUGGAGGACAUACUCAGGGUCGGAGUGACGCUAGCAGGUCAUCAGAAGAAGAUCCUCAACAGUGUUCAGAUGAUGAGGGCCCAGAUGAACCAGAUCCAGUCUGUUGAAGUUUGACCACCAGUGUUCCCAUUGGACUGCGAAGAGUACAAGAGGAGGAGCGGGGGCAUCGUGAAUGGACGCGAUGGGACGGCCACAGACCCAGAACCUAAUUUUCUUCCGGAUCACCUGCCUCCUCCUCCAAAACACUCUCUUCUUUAUCCGUCUCAUCAGAAAGCCCCGUUAACCCUUAGCUCUCCCUAAAGGACUCGGGAAAGCUGCGUUCGGAAGACACGGUCACAACAUCUGAUCCUUUAGCUUUAGCCUCCACCAAUCACAGGACGUCCGUUCAAUCAGCCUCCGCCUCACAUAUUUCUUUGACUCUUUUGUUUCCUUAGCAAUCAUUUUGUGUAUUUUAUUUUUAUUCCGUCUUCUUUUUUAAAGAGUUUUUGUAAAGAAUUUUUAAAAAGCUAUGAAUCUGUAUAAAAUAUAUAGAUCGGCGUACAAUUGUGGACUGAAAACUAGGUGGACUGAAUUGAAAGGCUACCCUUUAAAAGGGCAAUAAAGAAACAGGAGAUGCCCCACAA